GCGCCGCUACUCCUCUUCCCCACGCCAACAAGGAGAAGCAGAAAACAAGCAGCCCGAGGGUGUGUGCAUGAAUUCUCAUAUUUAAAAAAAAAAAAAAGAAGAAAAAAACGAUUUCUAUGAUCUAGACCGAGUCGACGUUUAAAGGAUUUUUGAAGGAAAGUGCGAAAGACAGGCAGGAAAUUAGACGGGUGCCCCGCGCACUACUGCAUCCUCCCUCUCCAUCUCUGUCUCAUCUCUCCUCCUUCUCUGCCUCUGCGCUUUUCCAAGACUCCCAUCCCGACUAUCCCCAGUGACUGAUCACUUAUUGCGAGUCGUGAGCUGCCCUUUUCUUUUGUCGGAGUUUGAACCACAUUUCCGAUCUGCUGGAAGUAUACCGCCAGAGCCUCUGAAAGCUGGCUGGACUCUGUAGCUUUCGCCUUCCCGAUACAAGCGGAUCAUCGAGGGGACCUUGCGCGGAGUCAAAAGGACUGGAAAUUAUUUAGCCCUCUCACAUCAACGUACCGCAUGGUGGGAAUUUCUGCCUCGUUUCAGUAUCGCACUGGGAAGCACUCCACCAUGCCCGACUCACCUGCGGACGUCAAGACACAGUCCAGGUUGACCCCCCCUACCAUGCCGCCCCCUCCCAGCACGCAAGGUGCACCCCGUAACAGCUCCUACACCCCCACCACAUUAACCAAUGGCAGCAGCCACUCUCCUACAGCGCUCAACGGCGCUCCAUCUCCUCCAAAUGGCUACAGCAAUGGUCCUAGCUCCUCCUCCUCCUCCUCGCUGGCCAACCAGCAGCUGCCGCCGGCCUGCGGCGCCCGCCAGCUCAGCAAGCUCAAGCGCUUCCUCACAACUCUACAGCAGUUUGGCAACGACAUCUCACCUGAAAUCGGCGAGCGGGUCCGCACAUUAGUGCUAGGACUGGUGAAUUCCACGCUAACCAUCGAAGAAUUUCAUUCCAAGCUCCAAGAAGCCACCAACUUCCCUCUGCGACCUUUCGUCAUACCCUUUCUGAAGGCAAAUCUGCCGCUCCUUCAGAGGGAGCUGCUGCACUGUGCCAGGCUAGCCAAGCAGAACCCAGCUCAGUACCUGGCCCAGCAUGAGCAGCUGCUUCUGGACACCAGCACCACCUCCCCAGUGGACUCCUCUGAGCUCCUGCUGGACGUCAACGAGAACGGCAAGAGAAGGACGCCAGACAGAACCAAAGAGAACGGCUUCGAACGAGACAGUGCCCUGCACCCAGAUGUUCACCCUAGCAAGCGGCCCUGCACCAUAAGCCCUGCCCAGCGCUUCAGCCCAUCUAAUGGGCUCUCUUACCAACCCAAUGGCAUGCCCCACCCGGGCCCCCUCCCUCCGCAGCACUACAGGCUGGAUGACAUGGCCAUUGCCCAUCACUACCGUGACACCUACAGACACCCCGCCUCCAAUCAUCGGGAGAUCCGGGAGAGAGCCAGGCCUAUUGGUAUGCAUACAGGGACCAGGCAGGAGGAAGUGAUUGACCACAGGCUGACAGACAGAGAGUGGGCUGAGGAGUGGAAGCACCUUGACCAUGUAAGAAAACUGCUGAACUGUAUCAUGGACAUGGUGGAGAAAACAAGACGCUCGCUGACAGUACUGCGGCGGUGCCAGGAGGCUGACCGUGAGGAGCUCAACUACUGGAUCAGGAGAUACAGCGACGCUGAAGAGCUGAAGAAGGGCGCUGCCAGUGGGCAGUCAAGGCAGCAGAGCCCGGCAGCACAGGAAAACGCAACACCAGAAAUCCACAGGGAGCUGCUGCACCGGCCUGUGUCUGGCUACGUCCCUGAAGAGAUCUGGAAGAAAGCUGGUACGGGAGGCUUGACUUCCUCUGUCUCCACACUCUUUCCAGAAGAGGCAGUGAAUGAGGUGAAGCGACAGGCCAUGUCAGAGCUGCAGAAGGCUGUGUCGGAGGCAGAGCGCAAGGCUCAUGAGAUGAUAAGCAGCGAGCGGGCCAAGAUGGAGCGUACGGUAGCCGAGGCCAAGCGGCAGGCGGCCGAGGAUGCUCUCUCCAUAAUCAACCAACAGGAGGACUCCAGUGAGAGCUGCUGGAACUGUGGCCGCAAAGCCAGUGAGACGUGCAGCGGAUGCAACACAGCACGCUACUGCGGCUCCUUCUGCCAGCAUAAAGACUGGGAGAAGCACCACCAUGUCUGUGGUCAGACCCUCCAGGCCCAGCAGCAGCAGGCCAGCCAGCAGCAGGGAAGCGUCCCAGGGUCAGAGACCCCUGCUCCCAUCAGCUCCUCUGCCUGCACCCCGAGCAGCGGAACUGGGAGCCCGGCUGCUACCCCGCCUGCUGCUACCCCUCGCUCCUCCACCCCCAGCACCCCAUCCUCCUCAGCCCUGGAUGGCACACCGCGCUAAGAGACUCACACAGAGGAUGGAGGCAAAUGUCUCCGGGGCUAAACAGCCAGCCCUCAACCCCACAAACAGCAUGACUGUCUACAUUGCCUUGCAAAGAUGCUAAGCUAACGUGGCUAACAGAAAAAGAUGGCAAUGCUUCUGUCUAUCUUGCAGUGUAGUCAUAGAAGGAGGAGGAGAAGGUCCAUAAUCAGGUCAUAUUGACUUGCCAUGACUUUAAAGAAACACAAAGAUAUUCUUUGUUUUGAAUGAAUGAAUUUAAAUAUUGACAUCCUUUUAUUGUUACACUUGCUAUUCUUGUUGUCUGUUUGUCGUCGUGCUUGUUGUUGUUAAUGUUGUUGUCAUUGUAGCUUAUCUUAUUUUUUUUCCUGUAAAUAUUAAGAGACUGAGCAGAGAUAGCCGUGAACUCGAGUCAACUCAAGUAUAUCUGACCUCCCCUUUUUUAAUGUUUUUAAGUUUCCAUCCUUGAAUUAAUGCUUAUUUCUUCCCUGUACCUGGGACAUGAAACUAGUCAACCUCAUUUUACCAAACAGCUUACCAAGGGAAUAUGUCUAGCUAGCAGAACAAUGGAAGUCAUCAAUACUCUUUAUAAAGAAAGAUAUUAGAUUUAAACACACUGAAAGACACCGAUGGAUGGACUGAUAAACAAGUCUGUUGCCUGGAGAGAGGAGAGGUAUGGACUGAAUAUCUGGCCCGCAGACCGCCAUGAAAUGGGCAGAUGUGCAGCAGAUUGCAAGCAGAGCCAGCUGUUCAACCAAUGUUAUUUCGCUCUCACUUGUAAUAAUAUCCAGGUCAAUGGGCUGGGAAAUACAAAUCCGUCUCCCUGAAGGAUGUAAAAGGAAGAAUUCAUGGACAUGCUACAAAACUUUGCCCACUGCACAUGUGGAGGAUGUACUGACUAGAAUUCGCACGUGCAUGCUUGGUGGGUCACAGAAGCUCUCAAACAAGGAAGUGAAGUCAUCACCCCACCAGUGAGACUGUCAAAUCACCAUGACAGCAGCCGCUGGGCCACUCAGAGCUGAGAACCUACAGAACUCAGUAGGAAGCUCAUUCUGCGCCCCAGAUGCUCCCCUCCUGUCUCAACUCUGAAAAACAUUUUCAUCUUUCUGUUCUUAUCUGUUCUUAUUCUUUUUCUGUAGAUGUCAUGGUGUUUAAGACUUCUGUCCUGUGGUGUCAUCAAUGGUUAUUUAUUGUAUAUGUGUUGGACAAUUGUGACAAUGCAUAGUACUUCAACCAGUCACAACUCCAAGUCCUUCAUAACUCUCUCUCUUUCUC